AUGGUUGCACAAAUGAAGACGCUGCUGGCCGUGGCGGCCACGCUUCUCUCCUUGACGACCAGCGCUCUGGCCGACUGCUCGAGCUACGGAGUUGACUAUGCAAAUGGUGGCGCCUACUACAUCGACGGCUCAUCCAACCAGUACUUCAGCUUUAUUACCAUUUUCCAGGGCUGCAGCAAGGAAAGUAUCAGCCCGAUCCUCGUCGACACAGACAACAACCAGUACGCCUGCUCGGCAAUCAGCACAACGCCAGCCGGUACGCAGCAGACAUCGACAUGUGGCAUCCCAUUCUCGGCCAUGAAGUCUGGCACAUGGAAAAUUAUCGUGUCCGGUGACCAGAUUGCCGUGCAGCGCACCAUUACAUUGACUGUUGGCGUGCCGCAGACAUCGACUGUGAUUGCUACACCGACGAUUGUCCUUGGCAUCACGACGACACCGCGUGCAAAGACCAUUGUCAACACGGUCGGCCAGACCCAGACACUCAUUCUUGUCCCCCAGACCGUUACGGCCAAUUGUAACAACAACAAUGGCGUCACACAGACUAUCACGAACUACCCGGCCGGCCGCACGCAGACCGUCACGACCACCAUCACCCGAACGGCUACCAAUGGCGUCACGACGAGCCAGUACCAGACUACCGUGACCACCGCUGCCUCAUGCCACUACCCAUCAAAUAAGCGCGACGUGAACAGCAUGCAGUCGGUCAUGGCUACGACUGUCACCAUCACCGAGACGACCCGCACCGUUACGCAAACGCGCGUGUCGACUGCACCAGUGCCUACCACUACCGAGGUCGUUUUCCGGACCAUCACUGCUACAAUCACGCCUUCCCCGUCGACGGUCUGCGCCAACGGCGGCAACGGCAGGCCAGGCGCGGUCGUCACGGUCACCCGCGGCGGCGGCAACGGCGGCGUUGCCACUCAGACCGACAUUGUAUACCAGACGACAAGGGUGCCGGGCACUGUCUGGGUUGGUGCGACGGCUUGCUGGAGAGCUGGCGGCUGGUACGGCGCCUAA